AUGACAAGUCAUUGGAUCGAAUCAUUUGCAGAAGGAGGAGCCAAUAUGUUUUCUAACUCCCCCCUCCCGUGAGUGAACAAAACAUUAGAAAAAUCCCUAUUUUUUGCCUAAAAACCCACCCUCCGUGUGUGAACAAAAAUUUAUUAAUAGACAAUUUUUUUAUGGAAAAAAAUUUUGAUAUAUAAGUGAUAGUUAGUAUAAUGAAAUCUCGAGCUAAUUCUGUUUAAUUUUAAACAAAUUGCGUUUUAAAACAUAAAUUUUACAAAUUUUUAUAGAAGUGAGAUUUUUUUAAAUUUCGAAAAAAAAAUUUUAUAAAACAUUUAUAUAUAGAUAUUUUAAAAAAAAAAUUUUUUUUGUUCACUCACGGAGUGGGGAGUAAGUAUCUAUCAUCUGCAAAAAGACUAGGUGAAAUUACUGUGUACCAAGGCCUUUUUAGCAAUCCUCUUUUAUACAAAACAUUGUCAGAUACUGAGAUCUAUCGAACAGAUUUCCCUUUAAACGAUUAUAAUACCAUGCUGUAUUAUGAACCAAAAAAGUUUCACAAUUUUAAUCGUUUUUUUGCCCCAGGGACUAUUUUUCGUCAGUUAUACCCUACUGAAACUUUGGAUACAAUUUACGCAUUCCAAGUUUUUAAUUCCCCUUCAGUAUCAAUUCCAGCGCCAGAUCAUAUUUUAGCAACACUUUCUCAAGAGCCUAUUAUACAAGCUGAGCUUUCUAAAAGGUCGAAAGCUGAUUUAAGAAGAAUUUUGUCAAUCAGAGCAAAUGAGGUAGUCAAAGGCGGGAAUUUGCUUUUUGAUAUUUUAUCGAAACCAAAAGAUCUAUCAGUAAACUUUUCCUGGGACUGUUUAGAUCUGGCCUAUACAACAUUAAUUGAGCAAGGAGAAAUGUUUGAGGAGCAUGAAAAGCCAAAACUAAAUUUGCAUACUUGCUUUAGGUCAAAUGAAGAAGUAAAAGAAAUUUUAGAAGAGUUUAAAGAGAUAUGGAAAAUCAAGGAAAUUGAAGAAAAAACAAUAUCAAUGCCAGCUUAUGAAAAAUAUAUAAAAACUGGAGUUAUUGAUGAUUAUUUAGAUAACCUUGUCGAUUUUUGGAAAUACCCAUGCCUGAUUAUGAUGAGGAGAGUGCUAGGAUACCGAAAAACUCAUGAAGAAAUAUUACUAGACAUAGAUGCUAUUAUGAAUAUUUUUAAGGAUAUAUGUGGAGAAAUGAAACCAGUCACAGAACAGCAAAUUAGCUAUGUGGUCCUUGAAAAGAUUUAG